GCCAGGAUAGCCUUGAACUCAUCAAUUGCUGGGUUUUGGUACCAGGAUGAUGCUGGCCUCAUAGAAUGAGUUGGACAGGGGUCCCUCCUCCUCAGUUUUUUGGAAUAAUUUCAGCAAAAAUGUCCUGAAGAUUUUCCUCAGAGAAUUUUUCAUCUCUUUGUUCCUGAGACUAUAUAUUAGAGGAUUGCAGAGAGGUGUUAUCACAGAAUAGAAAAAGGUCAUCUCUCUUUCAUUGACCUAAGCCUGAGCUGUGUUACUGUGCCAAAGAUGUUAGGGGAUUUCCUACAGCAGGGCAAGAGCAUCUCUUUUUCAGGAUGCCUGGCCCAGAUCUACUUCCUCCACUUUCUAGGAGCCAGUGAGAUGUUUCUGCUGACAGUCAUGGCCUAUGACAGGAACCCAAAGGCACGGAUUGAUGUUAUGAGUCCUGAUUUUUGAGUUGACUUCUCAUCACCUGGAAGUGAAUAAAACAGUAGACUUCUCUAACAUUUUGUAACACAGCAUGAAAAAAUAUAAAGCAGAAGAAAUGAAGAUAGCAAACAACACAGUAGUGACAGAAUUUAUCCUCCUUGGUCUGACUCAGUGUCAAGAUAUUCAGCUCUUGGUCUUUGUGCUGAUCUUAAUUUUCUACCUUAUCAUCCUCCCCGGAAAUUUCCUCAUCAUUUUCACCAUAAAGUCAGACCCUGGCCUCACAGCCCCCCUCUAUUUCUUUCUGGGCAACUUGGCCUUCCUGGAUGCAUCCUACUCCGUCAUUGCGGCUCCCCGGAUGUUGGUGGACUUCCUCUCUGCGAAGAAGGUAAUCUCCUACAAAGGCUGCAUCACUCAGCUCUUUUUCUUGCACUUCCUUGGAGGAGGGGAGGGAUUACUCCUCGUUGUGAUGGCCUUUGACCGCUACAUCGCCAUCUGCCGGCCUCUGCACUAUUCGACUGUCAUGAACCCUAGAGCCUGCUAUGCAAUGAUGUUGGCUCUGUGGCUCGGGGGUUUUGUCCACUCCAUUAUCCAGGUGGUCCUCAUCCUCCGCUUGCCUUUUUGUGGCCCAAACCAGCUGGACAACUUCUUCUGUGAUGUCCCACAGGUCAUCAAGCUGGCUUGCACCGACACGUUUGUGAUGGAGCUUCUGAUAGUCUUCAACAGUGGCCUGAUGACACUCCUGUGCUUUCUGGGGCUUCUGGCUUCCUAUGCAGUCAUCCUCUGCCAUGUUCGUAGGGCAGCUUCUGAAGCGAGGAACAAGGCCAUGUCCACGUGCACCACUCAUGUCAUUAUUAUACUUCUUAUGUUUGGACCUGCUAUCUUCAUCUACACGCGCCCCUUCAGGGCCUUACCAGCUGACAAGGUGGUUUCUUUCUUUCACACAGUGAUCUUUCCAUUGAUGAAUCCUAUGAUUUAUACCCUUUGCAACCAGGAAGUGAAAACUUCCAUGAAGAGGUUAUUGAGUCAACAUGUAGUCUGUCAAGCGGACUUUAUAAUAAGAAACUGAGAAGGAGGAAUUCUGGCUGGAAUUCAUAUCAUUCAUUUAACAAGUCCUGUUUUUCACUGAGUACCUCCCAUUUGCCAGGUACCAUUGUAGGCAAUGGAGGAGAGUUACGCAUAAUGAGAGAAUAAACUUAUUAAAUUUAAAGAAUAUAAAGGAAA